CGGUUUGACAGUUGCUUUUCAAUAUUUAUUGGAAUUUAAAAUAUGAGAAGAAUUUUCCCUCUGUGAAAUUUCCACUUCGAAUUUCCCGAUGCCUGAUUGAUUUUCGGAAUUAUUCAGGUCAUAUUUGCUCAGAGUGAUGUCCCAACGUCCAACCAUUCCUUUUUUGUACUAGUUUUAUUCUCCAUAUUUAUUUACAUUCUCGAGGAAUCUAAUCUUAGUUAUCGUGAAGGCGAAGAUAAUACGUAACUAUCUAAUUGGAUUUUGGAAACAUUGGGAAAAUUCGAUAUAAUUGGCGUAAUUCCCUUAAUUGAUAAUACCUUGACAGCUGUGGACCUUGCAGUGAAAAAUUAAUAAAAGUACAUUACAUUAUCUUUGGGUUUGGUAGAUAGCAAGAAUUAUUACCGAAUUAUUAUAUUACAACACUCAGAAACAUGGAGAAUAUUAAAUUAUAUUUUGUGACAUAUAAUGUUGGAACAAGUGUUCCUGGGCAGGAACUCUAUGAUCUACUCUCAUUGCCCGAAGAGCUCAAAAACCACCAUUUACCUGAUUUUUAUAUACUGAGUUUUCAAGAAGUGAAGGCGCAGCCCCACAAUCUGUUCUUAGAUGCAAUUUUCGAAGAUCCCUGGACAACAUGCUGUAAAGAGCUACUGGAGAAGAGAGAUUAUGUUAAAUUGAAGAGUGUCAGAUUGCAAGGAUUGAUAAUGAGUGUAUUCGCAUUGAGGAAACACCUUCUAAAUAUCAGGGAAAUCGAGUCAGAGUAUACAAGAACUGGGCUCUCAGGAAUGUGGGGAAAUAAAGGUGCAGUCAGCGUAAGACUUAGCAUCUAUGGAUGUUCUAUGUGUUUUGUCAACGCCCAUCUUAGCGCUCACGAUGAGCAUUUGAAAGAUAGGGUAGAAGACUACAACACCAUAGUCAAGGACCAUGAGUUUCAUGUGCAAGAACACACAGAAAUAUUUUUCCACGAUUAUGUAUUUUGGAUGGGCGAUUUGAAUUUCCGUCUGCUGGAAGAAUUUGAAAGGUCCCCCGAAGAAAUAGAAAGAAUCAUUUUAAAGAAAGAUCUUCCAUCUCUCUUCAAGUACGACCAACUGAGGUAUGUUAUGAAGAAAGGACAAGCUUUCAGUGAGCUCACCGAACAAACGCCCCCUUUUCCUCCAACUUUCAAAUUCGAGGUCGGCACCAACUCCUACGAUUUCAAGAGAAGACCCGGAUGGUGCGAUAGGAUCUUGUACAAAGUAAACUCUCACAAUUACGAAAAUAUCACUCUGAAAGCCGAGCAACUGUCCUAUAAAUAUCAUCCGUUUUAUACCCUGAGUGACCACAAACCAGUAUCAGCAGAUUUCUCGGUGAAGGUAUUUUCUGAUUUUGCCGAAUCUAUUGUGGAGUUUGACAAGAUAUCUACUUGGUAUUUAGAAGAAGAUAACGAGGUGGUAUACAGAGUUAACCCUUGGAAAAUACCCCAAACUAAGGAGGAUUGGAUUGGACUCUUUAAAGAUAAAUUUGACAGUCUUGAUGAUUAUGUAUGUUACAACUAUACCAAUAAAAGUUCAAAUCUUCGUCCUGAGUCUGAAAAUGGCGAAACGAUCCUGAGAUAUAGGAUCACCUUCAGCGAACUACCCAGUAGAUGUAAUGGUAACUACGUCUUGGUAUAUUUCAGUCAGUCUGAGGAAAAGGUAUUGAGCGUGCUGGGAAUAAGCGACCCUUUCCCAAUAGUCAAAAAAGAUAGUGAUUAAAUCUCUCAAGUGAUGCGUAGUGAGGUUAGGUUAGAUGAAGAUUUAGUUUGUUUAUUAUGACUCCAAAUAGAUACCAUUCAGAAUUAUACAGGAUAUUUCAAAAAAUAUGUAAUGCUGCCAUUAAUCAAAGAGAAAAUCCUCCAAUUAGUAUCCCAGUAAGUAUAUCCAUUUUUCAUUCACUAGUGGAACCUCAGCAUGAGAAAUGUCUAAGAAUUGUUGAUUAUUAAUAAAUUAUUUUACAUAACUCUAUGUACCUUGGUAUGUUUUUGAAUUUUUAUGUCGCUGGUUGAUCGAUAUUUUUAUACCUUUUUGAUGUAUUUUAUUAAAUUUUUAAAUUGAUUUUUGUAGAAGUGUAUUAGGGUAACAUCACAUUUUUUUGAUUUUUGGUUCUAGGAAAAUAUAGAAAAAUGAAUUCAAAUUCGAUAUAUUGCUAUGUUGACGAUCUUGCACUCAAACGGAAAUGAUUAUAAGGGAAAUUAGAAGACAAUUUCUAGCUUGUUGAUAAGAAUUUUUUGUCAAUAGAUAUAAUCAUAGCUCAUUUUGAAAUAUAAUGUGAUAGAAAAAUGAUGUAACUCAAUGAUAUAUUUAUGCUGCAUAAAUUUCCUCUCAUGUUUCAUGGAACCAAAAUUGUAUAAUGUUGCUAGCAUAGACUAAUAUCAAUAUUAGUCUAUUUAUAUUAGUCCUACUGAAAAAAAUUACACCUGUGCUUGACUUGUAAUUUCUUGUAGGAAUUCUGAUGCCUUAUUGUUCAAAUUAUUAGUUUUUAUUUCAAACUCUACUGUUAAAUGUGUAGAAUGCAAAAUUAGUAGAUAGGUGUUGACAAAUAUACUUAAAAAUUUUAGUUUGCUUGAUGCAAUUGAAAAUGACUUAUUAAGAUGUGAUACGAAGCUGCUAUAUAGUUGUCCUUAAUUGAUUAACCGUUAAAGAAUAUUUUAUAUUUUUUAAUUAAUUGUUAAAAAUUAUAUUUUCAUGUAAUAGAGCUAAGAUCCCCUAUAUCUAUACAAAUAUAUGAAAUUGAAGUGUC